AUGGUACUUGAAAAAUUCAAACACUUGGAAUUUAGAAGUGCAAGGACUCCAAUUGACUUAAACCAUCAUCUUAUGAAGAAUAAAGGCGAAAGUACGUCUCAAUUGGAGUAUGCUCGUGUGUUGGGAAGUCUAAUGUACAUCAUGAACUGUACCCGACCUGAUAUAGCUUGUGCAAUAAGUAAACUUAGUCGAUUCACAAGUAAUCCCAACAAGCAUCAUUGGGUGGCUAUGAAACGAGUUCUAGGAUAUUUGGAGUAUACCCAAGACUGCGCUUUGCACUACAAUAACUAUCCUGCGAAACAAAGUCCACAAGUGGAUACAUGUUUACUGUUGGUGGAGGAGCAGUAUCUUGGAAGUCUUCCAAACAGACAUGUAUCGCUCGCUCUGCUUCAGCCUCACCAGCUUGUUAACAAGGAAUUAACCAUUGAUGAUUUAGAGACAAACCAUUUUGUCCUUGUCCAUGGUGGUGGAUUUGGAGCCUGGUGUUGGUAUAAAACCAUUGCACUUUUAGAGGAGGCUGGAUUUAAGGUGACUGCAGUGGAUUUAACUGGUUCAGGCAUUCAUUCUUUUGACACAAAUAGCAUCACCAGCCUAUCGCAAUAUGCAAAGCCACUCACUGAUUUUCUUGAAACUCUCGCUGAUGGAAAGAAGGUGAUUUUGGUGGGACAUGAUUUUGGUGGUGCAUGCAUAUCAUUCGCAAUGGAGCUCUAUCCCUCUAAAGUUUCAAAAGCGAUAUUUGUUGCUGCCACCAUGCUCAUUAGUGGACAAAGUGCCCUUGAUAUUUUCUCAGAUAAGACGAAUUCAAAUGAUCUUAUGAGACAGUCUCAAGUAUUUAUCUACGCCAAUGGGAAUGAUAAACCACCAACUGCCAUUGAUCUGGACAAAUCACUCCUGAGGGACUUACUAUUCAACCAUAGUCCUGCUAAGGAUGUUGCUUUGGCUUCUGUCUCAAUGAGGCCAAUUCCAUUUUCCCCAGUUCUUGAGAAGCUUCCCCUGUCAAACAUCAAGUAUGGUUCCAUCAGACGGUUUUACGUAGAAACAACAGAAGAUAAUGCUAUACCAAUAGCUUUACAACAGAGCAUGAUUAACCAAAAUCCUCCGGAACGAGUUUUUCAGCUCAAGGGUGCUGAUCAUUCACCUUUCUUCUCCAAGCCCCAAGCCCUACACAAGAUAUUGGUAGAAAUUUCAAGGAUUCCACCAAUCUGAAGUUAUUUCUCAGAAUCCUUUUAUGAAGCCAUACUAAAAUGUUCCAAAACGGAUGCUCUCUCACCGAUCCAAGGAAAAAAAAGAAGAAAGAUUCAGGUGCUGUCGACACUUCAAUUGUAUCAGAGGUGCAGAGUAACCCCUCAUGUAUAUGUGCAACUUAUCCAGCUAAUUUAUUCUGUUUAGAUUAUUUAUGAUAGGGAGAAAUGAGAAUUGCCCACUGGAGCGAAAAUCAAGAAUCAGAGAGUUUUUAGAAGUUCAAAGAAGAAGAAAUAAUAGAAAUAAACCGUUUUUGUUUUCACAAUGACUUCUCAUAUAGUAAGAUAUCCAUAUUUUAUUUGAUGCUGUAGCCUUUUAGAUCAAAACCAAUUUGGAAUUGGUUGCUAGAGACUCUUUAAGUUUGUUGUGCUGUAUGCCAUUAUUUUGAGUUAGGCUGAAUAUUGUUAGAUUGUCAUAAUAAU